UGCCUACCUUUUAUGCUGGUCGACUCAGGUGCAAUUUGUACAGGUGAACAGCUGGCAACAAUUAGAGUGUCUGAGAGAGAGUAGAGGAUUUCUAUCGCCGUAGACGCAAAUCCGGAUACGUAUGCAUCUACCAGGAAAACGAGGACAAGCUUCAGAUUGACUUUGAUAUUAUUGGUGGACAUUCAGUUCCUAAUCUACAGCUUUACAAGGAGUGAUGAGGCUAGCGUUCAUUGCUACAGUCGUUGCUGUUGUUUUACAAGUGACAACAGCUUGGCUAUUCGACAUCGACCAAAAGGGAGUUAACUCUGAAAUUGAUAACAGCCGACAGUAUAGUCGUGACGUCGAAUCAAUGGGAGACGGCGAAUCGACAGAACCGGAAGAGGAAAUACCACUUAUACUGCGCAUACUCAGAUCAGACGAAAAUGACGUUGUCGGAGCGGUUUCUGAGUUACACGCGCGUGCGCUCUCAAACAGACGGAAUCACCAGCAGAGGCGGCAGGCACGUUCACACUGGAGAUCGUGACGUCAUGAUGAACUAAUUUUGACAAUGACACAUCUGUGAAUAUAGUGACGUUAUCAUUGUGAGUUCUCAGUGUGGAUCUGCUUUUUAUAGAAAUAAAACGUGAAAACAAA